CAGUCAUCCUUCGAAUAUAAAUCCAAAUCUCUCAACCAGAGUUUUGUUCUUCGCGUCUGCAUUCUCCAUCUCCAUCACCUCCCCAUUAUGACUCCUCUUGAAAGGACAGUGAUGAGGGGGCGGCUCGCACUCGCUGUCUUUUGGGUCCUAAUGGUCCAUUCCGUCACUGGCCGUUCCAUAAGAGGGAUCAUAUCCGACGGCAUGGAUCGGCUCGGGGGGCAGGGCCAGGUCCUUGGUCUCAGGACAACGACCGUGACUUGCACCCCAACUUACGGGUUCCUGCCCUGCACGACGGAGGUGUGGGGAGAGCUGUUCCUGAUAAUAGUUUAUGAGUACUUGUUGGCAGUCGCAUCACAUUAUGUGUCCUCAGGGUCGGAUUUGUUCUUUCGGAUGUUCGGGACGGGUAUCUUUGGGGCCAGUUUGUUCCAAAUGCUCGGCAGCAUUCCUCAAGUGGUGAUUAUGCUUGUUUCGGCGCUUUCAUCGAGCUCGGACACGAUCGAGACAAUGGCAACCAUGAUGAUGGGGAUGCUUGCGGGCUCGGCCAUCAUGAGCUUCACCUUGAUAUGGGGCUCCAUCAUUGUUUUUGGUAGCCAUGAUCUCUCUGGGUCCAACAACUCUUCAUCUUCAUCUUCCUCGGCAUCCUCGUCCCCCUUCAGCCUCCCGAAAUUUAAGCAACUAUACAGCUCAAGUUAUGGAGUGCAAACUGAUGCAGAAACAAAGAACGUAGCAAGCCUCACACUCCUAUCAAUGGUCCCUCUCCUCAUUCUUCAACUAGCAAAAAUCCUCUCUUCAUCCACGGCUCAGAGGAUAGUUGUCCUAAUUGCUCUCAUUGUCACCGCAAUUUUCCUCUUCAUCUACUGCAAUUACGAGGUAUUUAAGCCGUGGAUUCAGGAGAAGAGAUACGAGUCUCUCUUGCGAAGGCAUGUCCAGGAGAGCAUGCUGAAGAGAUAUCUGACCACUGCCGGGAAGCCGAAUGAGCCUCUCAUUAAAGAGCUGUUCCGUAGGAUUGACAAGAACAGAAACAAGCAAAUAUCUGAAAAUGAACUGUAUGCAUUCAUCCUCGGGGUUCAAAUAGAGGAAGCAGGUUUCCAUACCGACGAUUCCACUCAGAGGGUGAUGAAGGAGUUCGACCUCACGCAGGAUUCCCAAAUAAGUGAGAAGGAAUUCAUCCAAGGCAUCUCAAAGUGGCUCGAUGAGGCUAUGGUAUUGCCAUCAGCAGCUAGUAGUCGCAAUCAAAGGAAUGCUUCCAACAACACUUCACAGGGAAAUAUGAUCGAAGAGCAGCAAAGCCUAAUUUCCCAGGACGAGAACGGUACUACCCCGACAACUAGUACUAGUACUACUAAGCCAAGUGGAAAAGCCUGGUGGAAUUACACAAAGGCCGGGUCUCUGAUAAUACUAGGAACCGGGAUAAUGAUCCUGAUUGGAAUGCCCCUCAUGGUGAAUAUUCAAAGUUUUGCCACCGCCGUAGGUAUUCCUUCAUUUUUAGUUACGUACGUUGUAGUUCCACUCUCCAUGGGCUACCGGCAAGUAAUAGCUGCCGUAACUUCUGCAAGGAAGAAGACUGUUAAGGAUAUCUCCUUAUCGUUUUCAGAGAUAUAUAACGGGGUGUUCAUGAACAACUUAAUGGGGCUGGCGACGUUCCUGUUGCUCGUGUACAUAAAGGACAUCACGUGGGACGUGUCGGCAGAAGUUCUUCUUGUGUUGCUGAUAUGCACUCUGAUGGGCUGCCUCAGCAGCCUCGUCACCAAGUUCCCAUUGUGGAUUGGGCUUCUUGCUUACAUUCUCUACCCGGUUUCUCUUAUUCUCCUCUAUGUUCUCACCUCUGUCUUUGGUUGGUCUUGAUUUAUUAUCAUGAGUCUGAGUUGAGUAUUGUCUCUUCUGGGAAAACAAGGAACUUAAUUAUUGUCUUAAAUCAGAAACUAGAAGGGGCCUGUGGAUCCUCAGCAGGACAUUGCAAUUGUUAAGCAACCCAAUUUAGGAAAUCAAUUAUGAAUGAUGUUCAUUCUUCAGUCA